AUGGUUGCCAACCUCAGCAGGAUGAAGAAAAGGCUUUCUCAAUUAUUUGGUGGUUAUUCGGGUAGAGAGUCGAAGUCGCGUUUCAACAGCACGACGUCCGAUGCUGAGUCCAGGUACAACCACCGGUGGGCACGCCUUGCCCGAGUACGAGCCUCUUUCCGAAAGGUCAUCCUUCCAGCCGGGAUUCUGAUGUGUAUUGCAGCAGCCGUCUUCACUAAUCUGUAUUCAUUGGAGGCCGUCUACUUAGUUCAUGACGCGAACUCAAGAAGGGCCGUCUCGCGGUCUCAACUCGAAGGCCUCAAGAACGCCGCUAAUAUCGACGCAGGAGGCCCUCGGAGGCUGAGACUCUUCAUGCCUGCCGAUGGUCCGCACAUCAACCUGUGUAAAACUGUAAUGUCUGCCGUGGCCCUCGGGUAUCCGAUGCCAACCAUCCUCAACUGGAACGGGGAGUUCAACCGGCCAGAUUGGCACUUUGCGGGCUCACACAUCGCCAAGCUGGAAUCUCUUUUAGCUGUCAUUGACACCCUCUACGCGGAAGAUGAUGAUGUGAACGAGAACGAUUUGGUGCUUCUCGUUGACGCGUACGACAUCUGGUUCCAGCUCCCGCCGUCUGUCCUCAUAGAGCGGUUCCAUCGUAUCAACCGGGAUGCGGAUGCUCGUGUAGCAAAGCAGUGGGGGGAACACGGGUACACGCCGGAUUUCCCGGUGCCACCUCCCAAACAGCAAAUCGUCGUUACCACAGCAAAGGAUUGCCAGCCGGAUUGGGAGUCAGGGUCCAAUCCUCGUUACGAAUACUGGCCUGACUCGCCUCUGCCACCGGACUUCUACGGCGAGGGAACAGACAAGGUUCUGCCUUAUGCUUUCGAUUCAGCUAGGAAGUACAAGAAGAUCCGGCCACGAUGCGUCAACAGUGGGAUGAUCAUGGGGACCAUCGGUGCUCUGAGGGGCGCCUUGCAAAAGUGUAAAGAAAAGGUAGACAUGGUCGCCAUGAGCGACCGGCAGCUAUGGAGUGACCAGGCACUAUUUGCAGAGGUUAUUGGGGACCAGGAGAUGUGGAGGUACUGGAUCAGAGGUUUGUUGUCAACAUGGAAUGGGACUACAUCCAAUCAAGAGGAACUGCCUCGGGAAGUACGAAGGGUCGCAGAUCAAGCUCUCGCCGGGGAGGGCUUCGAUUUUGGAAUCGGGUUGGACUACGAUUUUGCAACGAUACCGCCUACCUGCUCGUCCGAAGAUGACGGCUUCUUUGUCAGACUCGACGACACAGACGCCGUGAUCAAGGAGUCUAAGAAAGCGGGCGUUCCAGGCGGCGUCAGGGUGAAAGGAAUCCCUCCCGAGCUGGAACAUGAACGGGACCCUUUGCCUGGUCUCAGCUGGGGGAAAGUGCCCCUCUACACCGACUUCUUCUUCGGCACCAUCCCUGUCGGCAUCCAUCACAACGCCUACAUAUUUGGCCUCAAGCCGUGGAGGUUGGAGCACUGGUGGAACAUGACCUGGUACUACCCCCACCUGCGGGAGCUGGUCACGAGUGCUCUGCAAGCGAACAGGAAGCUUAUGCCGUUGGCGAGGUUACCACUGAACGGCGACAACGGGAGCGAGAUGGUGUAUUGGACGUCGAAGGAGGACGAGAAGAUGGUGAAGGUGUUUGACAGGUCAAACGAGGAAUCAAAGUUUGCCCCGAUUAGUUGGGACGGCGUCUGCCAGAAAGGGAAUAAGAGAUGGUAUGACGCUCUUUUUGGCGAUGAAAAAGGUCCUCUGGAGAUUUGA